AGAGGAGACCUGGAAACAUAGCUGGGAUAUCUCUAACGGACAGAACUGAGCAAAACACCUGGUGCUCUUAUGUUCUGGUACGAGAUAUCUGUUAUCCAGCCCGUAGCACUGCUUAGCUCUCAGCAGCCUCAGAGUCCUGCUCUGCAUGGGUUUAGCAUCCGUCAGUUCAUUCUGCUGUUGCACCCAUAAAGCUGUGAUUUAUUAGAAAUGGUUGAUUCAGAUUUUGCUCUGGAGCCUGUCCUCAUAGCACACCAAGCACCUUGAGACAUUUGGCGUGGUUUAGAGGAAUCCAGCUGCUUACUGUCACUUCCCAAGAUGACUCUUAAAAGCAGAACAGUCUGUCUGUGGCAGAGGCCCCUCCAUGCUCACCCUGCCAGCGCCAGGUCCCUGCAGGCCAUGCCCUGCAGCCCAGCACGGAGCGCCCUGCAGAGAGGUGUGCUGCUCUCACAGCAGCCCCGCACUCCUCCAGGGUGGGUACCUGUGAAUUUCGUUGAUGAGUGGUGUCCCUCAGUGGUGAGUACUGGGCCCGAUGCUGUUUAAUAUCUCCACGGAUGAUGCUGACAGUGAGAUCAAGUGCGCUCUCCGUGAGUUUGGGGAUGAUACCGAGCUGUGUGGCGCGGUUGACAUUCCUGAGGGACAGGAUGCUGCCCAGCAGUGAGCCCGGGAGAACGUCAUGCGGUUCAACAGAUCCUCGUCUGCCGUCCACGGGAACAGUCAAGGUCAGGCAGAGCGAGGGCUCGGGCAGCAGCCAGCCGCGCGGUGACACUGCCCGCUGCUCCCCCCCAGCCAGAGCCGCGCCGCGAUGUCCCGCUGAGGGGGCGGGGCCUCCUGGAGGGGGCGGGGCCUUUUGAAGGUCGCGCGCCGGCUCGAGGCCGUCCCAUUGGCCGAGGGGCGCAGCGGCACGCAUGCGUCCUGCUCCCGCGUGGCCCGCUUUAUAGGCGCGCGGCGGAGGUCCCGCUGCUGGCAUGGCGCGGCUGCUGGCGGUGCUCGUGCUGCUGCGCGCGGCCGGCCCGCUGCCCACCCCCAUCCCCGGCAACGGCUCCCUGACGCCCUGCCCGCCCGAGCAGUUCCAGUGCGAUCCUCAGAGUGUCUGCUCCCCGCUGGAGUGGCUCUGCGACGGUCACCCCGACUGCAGCGAUGAACGGGACGAGUGGGGCUGCGACCCGAGCGGGAGCCCCGCGGCGCCCACCGCCCGCGGCACAGAGGCUUCAGCUGUCCCUGCACCUGGGCGCUCUCUGCCAUCCAGGAAUCAGGGCCGCAUGUGGAUGUUGAUCGUUGCAGGUAUGUGAGACUCAGAAGCACGAGUAUGAGCAAGUUUCCCUGUUGCAAGAGAUGCCUAUAUGACCACCGUGGUGAGGGACUGGGUCUCUGUGACCCUUGUCUCAGUUGGAGGACGGAGUUGAUGCUGCCCUUCCACAUACACACAAAUGCAAGUCCCCCUACUCUCACCUCACGUGCAAACCACUUGUAUGUCUGCGAAACAAACCCUUUUUGCAUGAAGUAAAAAGGACAAUGACUCAAUGGUCUGGUGUGUACCCAGCACACAACUAUUACCAGGCCGGAGACUGUGCUGGAACUGAGGGUGGUGAUCUGGAAUUUCCUCUCUUCCCACCCCCCCCCCCAAACCUCUUUUCCUCUCCCCCGUCUUUUUUUCCUCUCCUCUCUCUUUUCAAGCUAAAUUAGAAUGCAACACAAGGCAUAUCAUCACACCAAUAAUGUAUAGAUAUGUAAAUAUAUACCCUGCAUUUUGUGCUAGGUGCCAUAGUGGAGUACAGAUCAACAUUGAACUGAUUGUUUGGCAGCGUUGCACCUUAAUUAGCCUGAGGGAAUUCCAGAGCCUCAGUGAUCCUGAUCUGACUGGGUCAUGGUGGCUGUGAGUCACUCUCCUGGUGAUGCUGAUUCCAGGCUGGUUAUCAGUAGCUACAUUCUGUGGGCAUGGAGGCUUAGAGGAGGCUGUGCACCGUGGCUUGAUCGUUCCUGGAUGUGGGUGGAGCGUGCCUUCCUCUUGGAAAGGCAUCCUGCUCCAUGCAGCGUGGCACUAACAAUUCCAUGCUCUUUGUCCAUUAUUCCUCAGUCUGCUGAUCUCUGUUGACUAAUGCUACAAGCAGCAGAGCCUGGUGCUGAUACCCAGGCCAGGCGCAGUGAGUGGUUCUCUGCUUAUGCACUCUUCUCCUUAGUGCUCCUGAGCUGCCUGGUAGCUGUGGGUGGUAUCGCUGCAUGGGGCAAGUCCAAAGCAAAAAGCAGGUCUGACAUCUUCAGUCUCGAAAACGCAUCCAGGGAGCAGCUGGUGCCUGACAAGGGCCAGGCAGACUUAUUCUCCUGAGAGGUAAGUUCUUUGCCCCUCACGUGCCCUGUGUGCGUGAGGAAGCAAUGCUUCUUGACCUCUGUUUCUAGCAUCAGAGCUUUUCCCUUGGGUAGCUUUUCCCAGUUCUCCCUGCUGCUGGUCAGCCACACACCUGGGGUUUCAGUUUGCCCUGAAGCAGCAGAACUCCUCCCUUCCUUCCUCUCUACCAGACGAGAGCUCUUUGACUGCAGAGAUCACUGCACGACAUACUCUGAGAAGAUGCUGGCUUCUUUCAGUACUCAUGUGUCCUUCCUUUGCUGCCAAGGACUCUGAGCACUCAUGCUAAGACACUAAUUUCCUGUUGUGGGUUGGUUUCCUUGACCUUUUACAAACAGAAGUUAAAACUAGAUUUCAUGGGAAGAGGACAGUCAACAACCAUGUGUUUUUUCUUUCCUGUAACAGGGAUCUUUCACUGUGAGGUGGUAAGAUGGGACUAGACUGCUCUCCCUCCUGCUCACCGCAGAAGCUGACUGAAUUUGGACAUAAGCUCUUGAAUCUGGUUUGCUGUUACACUAGAAUGCUCCCAUUGGAAACGAGUCUAAGAUCGUGGCACUGUAGCACUAGAAAUAGGACAGGACCUUCCCUGGUGCUGUGAAAUCACCCCUCCUAAGGGUGACAGAAAUUCUCUCACUGCUUUUGCCUACAAGGAUUGUUAAUGCUGCUUCUUAUCACCGUGGCCUUCAACCUAAGGGUUUAAUUCUCCAUGAAGGUGCUAUUCUUCCACCCCUCUCAGCAAGAGCUCGCUGAACCCACGCACAUCAGAUGUGCUCUCCUUAAGCCUCCUUUUGCUGGAGGUUUUGUGUUCGGUGUCUCUUGCUUUCAGCUUGCAAUAAUGAGUUUCUUAGGCUGAAUGCUGUUCGCUCUGCUUUGUUGGCUCUGCUCUGUGGUUGUUUCUGCAUGGCUCAGUGCUGUGCGCUUUGUGGAACUGACAGUGUUGGAGUUGUGCUGUGACCCAGCAGCAGCUCAGCACCACGCAGCCCUUCCUUCCCUGUGGGUUGGGGGAGAGAACUGUAAAAAAUCAUAAAGUAGAACUUGUGCGUUAAGAUGGAAGCUAUUUAAUAUGAUAGAAAAGGGGGGGAAGGUAAUUAUAAAUAUAUAUAAAUUUAUAUAUUUACAAAACAAAUGAUGCACAAUGAGUUGCUCACCACCUGCUGACCAGUGCCCAGCUGAAGCACGGCAUGUUAGCAGUAUUCUUUUUUUCCCCAAAGCCAAAACAUAGCAUUGUACCGGACACCAAGGAGAACAUCCAUCCUGGCCCAGCUGAAAGCAGGGCAGAUUACUGAGCAGGGCCUCUAAUUCAGCGUUGACCUCUGUUCCAUGUGCUCCUUGCCAAGUGCUCAGUAAGCACAGAAGAUACAAAGCUGCUCUGCGCUGGCAGGCUGAGCAAAUGCUGCCAUCGGCCUCAGAGCAGGAGCCUUCUGCUCUUGUGUAGCAUGUAAGUGUGCAGCUGUAACCCAUGGGACCGGCUUCUGUAUGAGGUGUGGAGUGCUGGCACGUUGCAGCACCGGUAACUUGUAGUACCAAGAAGUUGUAUGCACGACCUUGGCUCUGUUUCCAUAAGGACAAGUAGAGGUAGCUGCUGGGGAAUGCCAUGGGAGAAUAAAGAACGUGAGAUGGUAACAA